AUGAGGGCAAAGGAGGGACGGGCGCGUCUUCGUCGGCGGGGUCGGGUGGCGACUCGCCCUUGUCGUCAGACAGCCCACCGCCUCCCCCUCCCCCGCCCCCGCCACCGCCAGCAGGAGUACGGCCCCAAGACCUUGUUCGAUGCGCUGGAGUCCCAUCAGUUCGGUAGCCUCGCCCGCCAGCAGUUCGUGUACCAAUACCUCAACGGUCAGCAGUACACACACCUCAUCCAUCCAUCCAUCCAUCCAUCCCUCCAUCUCUCCCUUUCUCAGCCUCUGCCAAGCUCAAGAUCUGCCCCGAGCCGGUGUACCACGAGCGCGUCGUCGACCUGCAGCAGGCCAACUUUGGUCGUGCUGACGUGGACUUCUUCAUCAAUGAGCGGCUGGACUGCGAUCUGGAUGCGGUCAUGCGGUAUGCCGAGAGGUGGGAGCAGGCGCAGAGUGAGCACCUGGAGCGGUCACGGCCCACACGGGGGGGCCGCGACAAACUGGCGCACAAGAGACUUGCUCUGGAGCUAAUGAUAGAAGCGGUAAGGAAGAUAGAGUGCACACGUGUCAUGGAUGUGGUCUAUGAAUGCAGUCCUGCCUGCCUGCCUGUGCAGGUCAGGUCCUUCCGUGAGCUUCACUCGCACGGACUCGUCCACGAACACGUCAAACCUAGAGUACGCACGCAGACAACAUUACACACACACACACCCCAACCAACCAACCACGCAACUCUCCUCCCUCCAUGUGUUCAGAAUAUGAUGGUCAAGUACGGCCACGGCAAGCGUGUGUAUCUGGUGGACCUCAAGCAGUGCCGCCCCGUCCGCGCCAAGCCGACCGACGACGAGGAGACACUCAACAGCCUGCGCCGAGGAUGCCCAGCGCACACCCUCGACUUCAUGCCCAUCGGCACACACGACUGCCACCUCUCCCCACCGGCAUUCAAGUGAGUGAGAGUGGGUGGCCGACAGACUGAUGCGUCCAUCCUCCACAACACUCACUGGCUCGAAGGUGCAUCGUUUCUGUCUGUCUGUCUGUCUGGAUGUGUGCUGUGUGCCUUGCAGGGAUGACCUGGAGGGUCUGGCGUAUGUUCUCUUGUGGUUGAAGGGCCCCCUGCCGUGGAUGACCAAGCAGCUGCACAAGCACGGCAUCCCGAGGCCCUGGCUGACGACUCCCACGAGUCAGCGCAACGAAAUCUGUCAGUGGAAGGAGGAGAUGGACGUAGAGGAGGCGUGUGCCGGGCUGCCCGGUAGGGAGAGAGAUCGGUGAAGACAGGUGGACGUAGCUCAUUGGUCUCUCUCUCUCUCUCUGUGUUCGUGUCUGUGUGUGGGCAGGUGCUGUGUGUGAGUUUGUGAGGGAGGUGCGGAGCUACGGCCAGUUUGAUCUGCCGCGAUACGACCACCUCAUAGAGUUGCUACGAACAGCCAUCGACCAGUGAGUGAGAGAAGACCACACUGAGGAUGGAUGGAUGGAUGGAUGUGCCAAUGUCAUGUUCCCUCUUGCGUCGUGUGUGUGUCAGAUUGCCUGCAUCUGAGCAUGUGCGUCGGCUGCCCUUCUUGGAUGAGGCCCUCACGCCCCCCGGCUGCCGCAUCGCACGACACUUCACCGACCAACACAACCUCACACGACUCAAGAAGCUCGCCACCCUGCCGUCCUCCGCCACCGGCACCCGCAGCGGCACCAGCACCACAGCUACGCCACCCCUCCCCUCACCCACCGAGACCGAGGCAUCGCCAGCACACGAGCCAGCUCCUCCCAGCCUCUCGGCCGCCGAACGUGCACGGAGUCUGGCGUGUCUGCAGUCACCGGACGCGAGUCGGUUUGCUGCCCUCGUGACACCGAGCGAGAUCACGCUUCUCGGCGAGUUCAUGCUGUGGGCGACUCAGCCGGACGGCAAGUGGUACCGGCUGAUCAAGAGGGUGGGCGAGAGGGGCGGCGAGGGCGCGUCGGCGUCUGUCCCCGUGACGCUGGCGGGUCUGCCGGAGAACUGUCUGUGUCGUGUGACGGACUUCAUGACGACCCUCGAGAUCAUUGGCCGUGUGGGCCUGUGGGCAACUGCCUUCCGCUCCCUCGCCAUCAGGCCGGAGUUCCACACGCGGCUGACCAUCGCCGGCGAGCCGCAAUGGCACCGAUUCGACCUCACCGUGUCGAGCCUGUGGGCGCCGCGCAUGACACUCAUCUCGACGGCCGACAUCAAACCCCCCCUACCACUCGUCCCCGACAAGACGGAGAUGCUGGUGGUGACGGCACGUACCAGCAAGCAAGUCGGCGACCCCCAAGUGCGGUUCGACUUCCGCCCAGGCAGUGCUCGCGCGGUGUCGCACAUGAGCCCCUCGCCGCCCUUUGACAGUGUCAAUGACAGCGCCAUGACGCUGCCCUUCGCCUACCCCCUCUCGUCGAUUCUCACUGGCGCCAUCCGGCCCCCAUUCAUCCCGCCCACCCUCCCGGCCGUCAAGUACUACCCCAAGCCGGCGUCAUCCUCGGCCAAGGGCCCCUCCCUGGCCAGCAGCAGUGGCCAGCAGGAGGGAGAGGUGAGCAGCCGCGAGAUGUACCCUGACGUGGCGGCGUAUCUGCUGAAGAAGCAUCCCAAGGCCGACCCCACAACCAAGCAGCAGCGACCGGAGCAGCCCAGCCCCUCCCCCCUCUCAGCCAAAGACGACACAGACACCGCAGGCAAGCCCUCCCCACUCACCGUCGCUUCACAGCAGCAGAACCAGGCGGGCGGCACUGCGGGCGGGGCGGCUGAGGGUGGUGGUGAGGGUGAGGGCGUUGGUGGCGGUUGUGAUGAGCAGCAGCAGGGGCGCCGUGUGGCCAAGAGCCCCCUUCUGCGCAAGUUCGAGACCACCGGCAGCGUCCGCACCAUCCUGCACCCGCGCGAGCCGCACCUCAAGCCGUUCGCCAUCAACGGGGUGGUGGGUGUGCUGGAGGCAUCGCACGCGACGUUGGCCGAGCUGCGUGUGCGUGACGGGAGGGUGGACCUGCCGGAGGUGCCAGCGGCCUACGGCUUCAAGCCGCCCCGUCCGUGUGGCGUCGAUCGGUCCGGUGACGCUAUGCUGGAGUUCCCGAAGCUGACGACUGUGGUGAUGCCAUCGGACAAGGCCAACAUCAACGGAUUCACCAAGGUGAGGGACAGACAGAGGCACACACUGGCGGCCCAUUCACGUGUGUGUCCCUCUGUGUGUGUGUGGUGGGUGGGCAGGUAGCCUAUGUGUGUCGGUGGUCUCUGCCGAAUCUGACGUCUCUGACGGUGUCGGGCGACUGCCGCGAGCAUGCGGCCAGCAGAUCGCCAGACGACCCUAGCUUCUGGCGCAGCCAACUCCGCUCCUGGAGGGCUCUCGCCAGCUCAGACAGCCCCUUCAGACACCACACACAAGUGCCGUACGACGAGGCCACGCGCAUACUCGAGCACGCAGGGGCCGAGCGUCAGAACAGAGACAACCAUCGGUAAGACCACACACGCACACACGAGAUGAGGCUGGCUGCCGGUCGGAUGGCAUGGCCCAUGUGUCUGUCUGUGUGAUGUGUGUGUGUGUGUCUGUGUCAGUGGGGAGAUCCUGGGAGUGUACAUUGGUGUGUGGAUGAUGAAGGCUGAGAACAUCGAUACCAUCAAGGUGACCGGCAUGCCGGUAAGUAAGACAAGACAGCCGAGCCGAGCUGAGCUGACAAGACACCACCGACAGACACCGCCAUGCACACGCUCCCCUCUCUUUGCCCUCCGCUCAUCCCUGCCAGGUUGACGUGUUGACGACCGCGCUUUCGCUGCGCGCCAGGCUGCCCCAGCUGCGCCGCCUGAUCGACGCCAUCAGCCCCGCGGCCACCCAACAGACCCUCAUCCAACUCAAGACCCUCCUGCAGCAGAAGGGCGCGCCACUGGCCGACAAGAUCGUGGUGCCGCUGACAGACGACGACAGGGACCACGACAGUGACAACGAGGGUGAGGAGGAGGGCGAGGAGGACAACGGUGGUGGUGGUGGUGGUGCAGACGGCGGGGAGGGCCAGCAGCGCAGCAAGACGAAGCGCAAGGUCAUCCCGUAUGUCGACCACUGCAUGACCCAGUAGACAACACAAGAUACCGACCAACUAAGCAGGAGGGUGAGGAGGGACGGGGGGAGGGAGGGCGGGAGGGAGGGAGGAAGAGGCCACAGAGGCCGUGGAUGUGUUGUGUUGUGUUGUGUUGUGUGUGCAGGUGGGGUGGCAGGAUGGGAUGGACGACGACAGGACGACAGGACGACACACAGGACCACUGGUCUGUCUGGCUGGCUGGCUGGCUGACUGACUGCAUCACGACUACUGACUGACUGACGGCAUGGAUGCAUCACAUGUGUGUAUCUGUAAGUACCGACG